AGCUAGCUGCAUAUAGGAUAUAUAGAAUUAAUUUUUAAAUAAUUAUUAGUCAAUAGUCAGAUAAAAAGGCCAAGAUAUGGUUAUUGCUAUUGGAUUUGAAGGUAGUGCUAAUAAAUUGGGUAUUGGUAUUAUUAAUGAUGAUAAAAUUUUGUCUAAUGUCAGACAUACAUAUAUUACUCCACCCGGCGAAGGGUUUCUACCUAGAGAAACAGCACAACAUCAUCGGGAACAUGUACUCAGUGUGCUGCAAAAAGCUUUGAAGGAUGCAGAGGUUACAAUGAAAGAUGUUGAUGUGAUAUGUUACACUAAAGGACCUGGCAUGGGUGCUCCGUUAACUGUGGUUGCAUUAGUAGCUAGAACGGUUGCCCAAUUAUACAAUAAACCCAUUGUUGCUGUAAAUCAUUGUAUUGGACAUAUAGAAAUGGGUAGAUUGAUUACAGGCAGUAAAAAUCCUACUGUUCUUUACGUAUCUGGAGGGAAUACACAAGUUAUUGCAUACGCUAAACAACGGUACAGGAUCUUUGGUGAAACCAUAGACAUUGCUGUUGGAAACUGUUUAGAUCGGUUUGCAAGAUUGUUAAAACUCUCUAAUGAUCCUAGCCCUGGUUACAACAUAGAACAGCUUGCAAAAAAAGGACAAAAAUUUGCACCACUACCAUAUGUAGUAAAAGGCAUGGACGUAUCAUUCUCUGGUAUAUUAAGUCACGUAGAGGAUCGUCUUCAGGGUUGGCUCGACUCGAAGGAAUUUUCCCCAGAAGAUCUCUGCUUCUCUCUUCAAGAAGUAGUCUUCGCCAUGCUCAUAGAAAUAACAGAGAGGGCGAUGGCUCAUACGUGCUCCAACGAGGUGCUGAUUGUGGGUGGCGUGGGAUGUAACGAGAGAUUGCAACAGAUGAUGAACAUUAUGUGCAAGGAAAGAAAUGCAAUUCUUUACGCAACCGACGAACGAUUUUGUAUUGAUAAUGGACUGAUGAUAGCAGUAGCUGGUUUACUUCAAUAUAAAAGUAAUGGUCCCACACCGUGGUUACAAACGACAUGUGUUCAAAGAUAUCGAACGGACGAUGUACUUAUUUCAUGGAGAAAAUAAAUCCAAUUAUUUAUAAUUGUGAUACAAAUGAA